AUCACUCUGCGACAUGGCAAGAGAAGACUUUAUCAAGCAGAUUGAAUGCUCAAAAGAAUUCCAGAUCCUCGAGAGGCUGGGUCUACAUCCUGAUGCAACAGCCAAAGAUACAGUACAACAGAUACUCGACCUUGCAGUGGCAGCUCUUGACAAGGAAGGCCCAGCCGAGCUUUAUGGCGUUGGCACGAUUGACUACAACGUCUCCUUGGCGCUCUUGGAGCUCGCUCAACGUUUAGGACCUGCAAAGCACGGCAAGCUAGUCGAGUUUGUCUCCUUACUUCAAAAGGAAAUAGUCCUCAAUCCAUCAACAGGAGAGCCGUUGCAAACGCAAGGGGAUGUUCUCUUCGCGGAUCUACCUUCUUUGGGCUACACGGAAUUGACAACAUGGUAUGAGUUUGGAGGUGAUUACAGAGGGAAUCCCAGUGACCCAAAGACGAAGUCUAAGGAAAGGGAGAGGUGGGUGAAGCUAAACGCAUUUAUUGCACGACUCAGCCAAGCUGCUGAUAUUCGGUACCCUCCGUCGGGUGAGACAUUUGAUAUGCACUGCAUGGAUAAAUCUCUACAUGCGAUUUGGACGAUGCAGUUUGCGCUUGAACAUGAGAUGCACACCCCUGAAGCAUUAGUUGACACAGCUGCUAUGGAAGCUGCGUGUGUUUGGUUUAUUUACGCGGCCGACCGUUUAUGGGCCAAUGUUCAGCACUCUCGUAUGUACGAUGUGAGCGCCGGAGCUGGUAGUAAUAGGUUUAAGGAAAGGGGAUGGAAUGGGUACACGCGCGAAAGGUGGGAAUUAUGGCAUGAGUGCCUUCAGGAUGCGAAGGGUGCUUGCACGGAUGAAAGGAUGGGGAACUUGCUUGGAGAUGCUCUUGCCCACAUGAGGCGGGCAGCGUCGUAA